GAUUAUUAGUAAAUCAUAUAAUAAAUAAGUAUAAUGUAAAACGCAUAAGCAGAGUCUCUACUGAUGUACUAAAAAAUUGACAUAUACAUAAAAAUAAUUUACCUAUACAUUAAUACUACAAAUAAUCUAUAAACCUUAUAAUUGUGUACUAAAUUCCCGGUAUACUUGUCCUCGGAUGAUUAUGGUCCUUUCCGUCAGGUGGUGAGUGAAAGAAAAUUUACUCCCGGUGGGAAUCGCUGUGGUGGUGAGCAUAGCGCAGAAAACAAAGAAGGAAAAAAAAUAAUGAACCACCGAAAUUCAACCUAUAAAAUCAGUUCGGAAUCAUUUUUAAGUGGUUUGUUAAAUUAUUAAUUUUUCACAUCAAUUGAUAUCAAUUCUUACAUAUCAGAUCAAUACUAAUACUACUAAUAAUAAUAUACAAUGGCUCGUCAAUUUUUCGUUGGAGGUAACUUCAAAAUGAAUGGUACCAAAGAAUCCCUUACUUCAAUCAUUGAUAAUUUAAAUAAGGCUGAAUUACCAAGUAAUGUUGAAGUUGUUAUUGCUCCUCCAGCUCCUUACUUAGGUUUAGCUGUUACUGAAAAUAAACAAAAGACUGUUGCUAUUUCUGCUCAAAAUGUCUUUAAUAAAGCUUCUGGUGCUUACACUGGUGAAAUUUCUCCAACUCAAUUAAAGGAUUUAGGUGUUCACUGGACUUUAACUGGUCACUCUGAAAGAAGAACCAUUAUUAAAGAAUCAGAUGAAUUUAUUGCUGAAAAGACUAAAUUUGCCUUAGAUAAUGGUGUUUCUGUUAUUUUAUGUAUUGGUGAAACUUUAGAAGAAAGAAAAUCUGGUGUUACUUUAGAAGUUACUGCUAGACAAUUAGAUGCUGUUUCCAAAAUUGUUUCUGAUUGGACUAAUAUUGUUAUUGCUUAUGAACCAGUUUGGGCUAUUGGUACUGGUUUAGCUGCUACUUCUGAAGAUGCUCAAGAAACUCAUAAAGGUAUUAGAGAUCACUUAGUUAAAACCAUUGGUGCUGAACAAGCUGCUAAGGUUAGAAUCUUAUAUGGUGGAUCUGUUAACGGUAAGAAUGCUCCAGAUUUCAAAGAUAAAGCUGAUGUUGAUGGUUUCUUAGUUGGUGGUGCUUCUUUAAAACCAGAAUUUGUUGAUAUCAUUAAGUCUAGAUUAUAAAUAAUUUAACUU